GGUUUCUAGGUGUGAAACGAAUCCGAAGGAUUAAAAAUAGACCAUUGUCCCUCUUUAAGACCAGAUACUUAGGUGCUCAUGAGGCAUGGACGCAUGUGGAAGCUUUGAAGUGAUCCUCUUUGUUGGCUGAAGGGUAUGGCAAAGGUCAAUGGGUCAACACAGAUUCAGCAGACCUGUACCGAUCCGAGAUUCUAGGUGUAUCGAUACCAACUAAUUGUGGAAUCACAUUUAUUUCACCAAACAUCUAAUGACAUUGAUGCAUUUCAUUACAUUUUCCAUCAUUUUCCCAAAACUCUGGGUCUCUGAUUCAAGUGCAUUGUAUUCACAUGAAUACUUCCAGAUCUUUUUUUUUCCUCCUUUGGAUGUGCCUCGGACGCCUAGGACGAUGCUUUCAGUCGUGAAACCGGCCCGCAGGCUUACGGUUUCGGCCCUGAGUUUGGACCCCAAAGAAAGACCUCUCAUGGUCCGAAGUCUCUCCAUGUGGCGCCUCCUCCGCUCGGGUGCUUUCUUGGGCGCGCUGGUCUGCUCCGAAGGGCGUGCGGAAGGUCCCGCGACGACCGCGACGACCGCGACGGUCGGAGAGGAAGGUCCAUGGGAAGACGAGUGCUUGGAUGCUCAAUGCGCGGUGAAGAUGCUGCAACUUCAUGCUGCAGCGAGUGAGCAAGAAUUGGAGGUGUUGAAUGGCACUAGCUGUCGAAACUUCAUUCUUACCGGUAAGGUGCAAAUGGUCCACUACCGGAACUGGGCGGUCGGACGUGCAAAGGCUCACAACGUCAGGGGCUGGGUCGCCAAUGGAGGAGACAAAAGUUAUGAUGGUUCUCAUUCUCCAUGUCCCACCUGCGGCUGUGUCUUGGGCCACGUCGAGGGUUCAGCGGACGCUGUUGGAGCCUUCGUGAGAGAGAUGUGUCGAGGAGGGCCACCGCACUCCCAUGUGGCCUCAUGCAAAGUUGAAGAGGCCAGCUGCUUCGGAUGUGGCCCCUUCUACAAGGAGUACCACUUUUGCAAAACCUGGACGGUCUCGCACUGCAAAAGUCGAUGUUGAUGCCUGCGCGGCCACAUGCUGCCUGAGCGGCAAUGAUGUGACCCACAUCGGAAUAAAUGAUAACAUUCGACUAAACUGAAUGAUUCAUGGCGCAAGAAACCACCAGAAAAUAUGUUAUUAUAUUAUAUAGAUCAUUGUUGGCACAUGAAAUGGUUUUCUGGUUGCCGUGACCAGCAGAGGUUUCUCUCGACAUCGAUGGAAAAGAUGUGCCAGGGACAGGCGGUCACGGGCAUGGGCAGCUUUCCAUGCUCCGCUGGGCCCAGUGGGUACAAGUGAACAUGGAGGUGGUGCAAAAACCUAGUGACCCGCUACAGUUGGUCCACAUUUUUGUUUCCCUUUUACAGGCGGGUUUGGAUGAUGCGGGUUUCUCCGUUUCUGAAUGGUGUGGCC